GGAGCGGGGGGAGCCGGAGGGAUUGGGGGAGGAGGCGUCGAGGCCCUGAGCUACCCUGGAGUUUUCACCAGAGGCAAAAGUCCACAGCAGGCGGGCCGAGGGUGGGCGGAGGAAGGGGACCGCUUGGGGGCACUGGGAAGCCAGGGAUACUCUAGAGGAAAGGCUGGGAUACUGGCUAGUCAGUGAAGGCGAGGAGGAGCGAAGGCGAGGGGAGGAGGCGGUGUGGGAGGAGGAGUAGAAGACAAAAGCCGAAAGCGAGGAGGCCGCCGACCGCACACUGUGGCCGGGAGAGGGACCGUUGGUGCUGGGAGCCGCAGGCGCCCGGAGGCCGUAGCGCACGGGGCAUCUGGGUAGACAGGCAGCAUGGGGAAGGGAGGUAACCAGGGAGAGGGGAGCACCGAGCGCCAGGCUCCGAUGCCCACCUACCGCUGGGAGGAGAUUCAGAAGCACAACCUGCGCACCGACCGGUGGCUGGUCAUCGACCGCAAGGUCUACAACGUUACCAAAUGGUCCCAGCGGCACCCGGGGGGCCACCGGGUCAUCGGGCACUAUUCGGGAGAAGAUGCUACGGAUGCUUUCCGAGCCUUCCAUUUGGACCUUGAUUUCGUGGGCAAGUUCUUGAAGCCCCUGUUGAUUGGUGAGCUGGCCCCAGAGGAGCCCAGCCUGGACCGCGGCAAGAGCUCUCAGAUCACCGAGGACUUCCGGGCCCUGAAGAAGACUGCUGAGGACAUGAACCUGUUCAAAACCAACCACCUGUUCUUCUUUCUCCUCCUAUCUCACAUCAUCAUCAUGGAAAGCAUCGCCUGGUUCAUCCUCUC